GCUGGAUGAGCUGCUGCAGUUCGUUCUAGGUGACACGUACCAAAAGGUGCGAUUAGGCCUCUCUAAACUUCAGAUAAUUAUUUAAAAAAGGCUGCAUUUCACUAUGUAAACAUCUUCACAGAGCUUUGGCUAAGCACGAGGACCAAAUACAGCCGGAUUCGUUACUUUCUUUAAACUGUUGAAUGUAUUUGGAAAACUUGGGAAACAUUUCAGAUAUAUAUGUCGUUUGAGCAACAGUCCAGAAAUAUAAUGUUUCAAGAGGAAUCUCGGAGGGGACAAAGUUAUUUCUAUACUGAAGAGUGAAGAGAAAAUCAUUCCCACGAACGUUUCUGUGGAAUCCAGGAGAGGAGGAAACAUGGGCAACGGCGUGUGCUCCAGGAAGCAGAAGAAGAUUUUCCAAUCUCUCUUACUGGUCACGGUGGUGUUCGGGAUGAUCUAUGGUGGGAUGGUGUCUUAUGAGAUGCACAAACAGCUGAAGAGGACAGAAGAGAUGGCCCUGAAAUAUCAGCAGCACCAGGAGUCUCUUUCCGCUCAGCUUCAAGUUGUGUACGAGCAUCGCUCUAGGUUGGAGAAGUCUCUUCAGAAGGAGCGGCUUGAGCAUAAAAAAGCCAAAGAAGAUUAUCUUGUGUAUAAAAUAGAGUCUCAGCAGUCUCUCAACAAAGAAAAGCAAGAUGCCAGUGUCAGGUUUAAUUCUCUGCAUUCCCAGCAUCAGAUUUUGAAGAACCAGCAUGACGACCUAAAAAAGCAGUAUUACGAACUACAAGAGCGACAUCAGCUACAAGGAGAUGAACACAACAAGGCAUUAGAUGAACAUAAACUGAGACUUGGCCAGCUUCAUCAGACCAAAGUGUCUGAGAUUUCUAAGCUCAAAGAGAAUGAAUUAAACCUACGUGAAGAAAACAAGCAGUUGAGAAAAGCUCAUCAGGACAUCUAUGUGCAACUUCAGGAUACCAGGCAACAGCACAAGAACCUAAAAACCAGCCACAACCAGCUUGUGUUGACCCUGGAGGACCACAAGAGUGCGCUAGCUGCGGCACAGGUUCAGGUGGAUGAAUAUAAACAGCUGAAGGAGACGCUCAGUAAGAUGCCCAGUCUGAGACAUGCUGCAGGGCAACCCCAGCAACAUGAAGCUGUUCAGCCCGUCCAGAACGAGAACGCAGAAGAAAACAAUCAACCACAGGAUGCUCAGCCAGAGAUGGAGAAACACCACGAGGACGAGAAGCCUCAAUCGCACCACAGGGAGGAGGUUGGCGAAAUGGGAGGAGCCGAGGAGAGGAGGAGAGAGCUGGCAGAGGAGGAGAUGGAGCAGGCGGGACAACCUCAGAAACUAGAGGAGGAGUUUGAUGUGCCGCAUAAUGAAGUGGAGGAGGAGGAGCCACAGGCCAACCAACCAGAUGAAAACGCGCUAGAAAGGGAGCAACGUCACGUUAAAGAGGUGGCGCCAGCGCUGGUGGAGCGGGUGAAGUCUGCAUACGAACAGCAGCAGGAGCAGCAGCGUCUGGCUGCGCAGCUGGCGGAGGAGCGCAAACAGUUGCACCUGCGUCAGGAAACCCUGCAGAAACAGCAGCUGCAGCAGCAGAAGGAGAGAGCGGAAAGAUUACGUCUGCAGAGAGAGAGAGAGGAACAGCUGAACAGAGAAGCCGAUCUCAAAGAUCAAAAACUCCAGCAAGAGAUGCUCCGGAAAAAGGCACAGUAUGAAAACAUAGAUGCUGAUAUAGUCCAGGGAGAAGAAGAUCCACAGAUAGCUGAGGAGAAAGAGGAGAACGUGCACCAUGAGGAGCCAGGGCAAGGUGAAGAGGAGCAUGCUCAACAUGAGGAUGAGCGACCUGUAGGAGCAGAUGUUGAUCCAGAGGACGACCCCAACAAUCAGGGUGAGGAUGAGUUUGAGGAGGCAGAGCAGCAGCGGCAUGCCCAUGAGGAAGAGGAGGAGGAAGAGCCAGCACCCGUAGACAACCCCGACAUGCACCUGGCCGUAGAGAAUCAACACCAGCCGCCUGCUGAAGAACAACUGGUGAUGGCUGGAAACCCAGACCAACAGGAAGAUGCUCUGGAUGAGCAGUACCAGGAAGAUGGCGAUGAUGAGGCUCAAGAUGAGCUGGUUGAAAAUCAAAAGCAUGAGGCGAUGCGAGAAGGAGGAGACCCGUAUAAUGAGGAGAAUGCAGAACAGGAAGAGGUCAGAGGUCAGGUUGUGAAGGAGGAUAAUCAGCUCGCCCAACAUCACAAUGAGGAGAACUAUGAGGAAGAAGAGGAGGAGGAAGAAGGCAACGGGGAUAAACCCCCCAUUCGCAGGGCAGAAAUGUGAGGCGAUUGAAAGGAAGGACAGCCAAUCGCUGCCAAAUUUGGAUUGGGUUUCCCACACCAUCCUCUAAACAUUGUGCCGGGAGAUGGCUCUGUUGGGUCGUUCUGAUGAAUAGGAAAUCUGAUUUUCUUCCAGUUUGUGUAACUCUGAAACCGAGAUGCACCAAAACGCCCAACCACACAGAGCAAACACCUGCUGUCUGCCUUUACUGUACGUCUGUCUGUCAUUUCUUCUUCUAAGGAGCAGUGAAUAAGUUCAGUUUAAAUGCUGUUAUAUCUUGCGUUUGAUUUCUUUGGCUGGACGAAAAUCUGAAAGCAUAGAUUUCAACCACCAGAAACUCUUGCACUGAAACAUUUUUGUUCAGUUGGGGCUCCACAUACAAGAAAUAUUC